AUGCUCAAAACAACAACAACCGACAACAAGCUUAAUGAUGUACUGGAUCGAUUGCUUGUAGGAACUUCUGUGAUACUUAUGGGCGGAUUUGUAUGCCUGCUUGUAUCACUAAUUUCAUCUUCGGAACCAGUUCUUUCUAUAUUUAUUCAAUCCUUGAUGAGCAGUUUGAUGACUCAUUUGAAAUACUAUGUGGCCAUUAAUAUUCCGUAUUUAAUUUUUGAAAUUUUGAGCAAUUUAUGUAUUUCGGGAUGGUUCAAAAAGACUGAAAAGUUUUUCUUGCACUUGAAUCCUUUGAUUUUAUAUUCAUUUGUGAUUUCAUUUAUUUGCUCGAUUGGAGUUAUUCCUAUGAGAAUGCUCUUGAAAUUUUAA